CGGUGUUCGGCGGGCUGCUGCAGUAUGCCCGGAGCUUGUGGCUGGCGCGGGCCCGCGGGGGCCGGGGCCGGGGACCCGCCUUGGCCGCGGAGCCCUCUGGUUCCCUGCGGGAGCUGGGCGUGCUGGCGUCACUCUUCGCCUUCAAGUCUUUCCGGGAGAACUGGCAGCGAGCUUGGGUGCGAGCGCUGAACGAGCAGGCCUGCAGGGACGGGAGCUCCAUCCAAAUCGCCUUUGAAGAGGUGCCCCAACUCCCACCCAAAGCCAACAUUAGUCAUGUGACCUGCAUAGACCAAUCAGAGCGCACCAUGGUGCUGCACUGCCAGCUCUCUGCUGAGGAGGUGCGGUUCCCAGUCUCGGUGACCCAGCAGUCCCCCGCUGCCGUCUCCAUGGAGACCUACCACGUCACUCUGACACUGCCACCAACACAGUUGGAAGUGAACCUGGAGGAAAUACCCGGCGAGGGGCUGCUCAUAUCGUGGGCCUUCUCGGAUCGCCCAAAUCUCAGCCUGACGGUGCUUCCCAAAUUGCAGGCCAGGGAGAGAGGUGAGGAGCAAGUAGAGCUCUCCAGGAUUGAGGAGCUGAUCCAGGAUGCCAUAGUCAGCACUCAGCCAGCUAUGAUGGUCAACCUCCGGGCUUGCUCUGCCCUGGGAAGCCCAGUACCCAGUGAGAAGCCACCCAUGGUGUCCCAGGCCCAGCCAGCCCUCCUCAGACCUACCCGGUUAUUCCUGCGGCAGCUCCGAGCAUCUCACUUGGGAAACGAGCUGGGAGGCACUGAGGAACUGUGCUGUGUAGCUGAGCUUGACAACCCAAUGCAACAGAAGUGGACCAAGCCCGCCAGGGCUGGUCCUGAGGUGGAGUGGACAGAGGACCUGGCACUGGAUCUGGGCCCCCAGAGCCGGGAACUGACCCUCAAAGUGCUCAGGAGCAGCAGCUGUGGAGAUGCUCUGCUCCUAGGUCAGGCCACACUGCCCGUGGGCACCCCAUCCAGGCCACUGUCUCGAAGACAGGUGUGCCCACUCACCCCAGGGCCAGGGAAAGCCCUGGGACCAGCAGCCACCAUGGCAGUGGAGCUGCAGUAUGAGGAGGGCUCCCCCCGGAACCUGGGCACUCCCACUCCCUCCACGCCACGGCCCAGCAUCACACCUACCAAGAAGAUUGAACUGGACCGGACCAUCAUGCCUGAUGGCACCAUUGUCACCACUGUCACCACCGUGCAGUCCCGGCCCCGUGUAGAUGGCAAAUUAGACUCCCCCUCCCGCUCCCCGUCCAAGGUGGAGGUGACUGAGAAGACGACAACUGUGUUGAGCGAGAGCAGUGGCCCCAGCAGCGCCUCCCACAGCAGCAGCCGGGAGAGUCACCUCUCCAACGGCUUGGACCCGGUGGCAGAAACAGCGAUUCGCCAGCUGACUGAGCCCAGCGGGCGGGCAGCCAAGAAGACGCCCACCAAGCGCAGCACGCUCAUCAUCUCUGGGGUUUCCAAGGUGCCCAUUGCUCAGGACGAGUUGGCACUGUCCCUGGGCUAUGCGGCGUCCCUGGAAGCCUCAAUGCAGGACGAUGCAGGGACCAGUGGAGGGCCCUCUUCACCUCCCUCAGACCCACCAGCCAUGUCACCAGGACCCCUCGAUGCCCUCUCCAGUCCCACGAGUGUCCAGGAAGCAGAUGAGACGACGCGUUCAGACAUUUCUGAGAGGCCGUCUGUGGAUGACGUUGAGUCAGAAACAGGCUCUACUGGUGCCCUGGAGACCCGGAGCCUCAAGGAUCACAAAGUGAGUUUCCUGCGCAGUGGCACUAAGCUCAUCUUUCGCCGGAGGCCUCGGCAGAAGGAAGCGGGUCUGAGCCAAUCUCACGAUGACCUCUCCAACACGACGGCCACCCCCAGCGUCCGAAAGAAGGCAGGCAGCUUUUCUCGCCGCCUUAUCAAGCGUUUCUCCUUCAAAUCCAAACCCAAGGCCAAUGGCAACCCCAGCCCCCAGCUCUGAGGGCCCUCCUCACCUCUGGAGCUGGGAGAGGGCAAGAGCGCUCUCAGUUCAUUCCCAUGUCCCUUCCAUCCCCCUUUCUGGAUUCCCAGUGCCUGGGCCGGGAAAGCCCUCUGGAUCCAGAAAGCCCUGUCCACCCUGGGCCGCGGGGCGGCUGGAAGGGCACUUGCAAUGGGACGCGUAUCAGAGGUGGGCACCCGUUGCUGAGGACACGGAAGAGAGAGCUGGUGGCUGGGAGUUAGGAGGAGGGUUCUGCCUGGCAUGUGCGGGAGUCCCUCCAUGUGUUUGUCUCCUGCUGACACUGGCCUCGAAGGGGCCCAGGGUGCUCAGGCCCCAGCUGAUCCUUUCUCCCUUAUUUAUUCUCUUUUCUAUUUAUAUGUGUGGUCUAGGACCCUCAAUGAACAGGUGAUAGAGGGCAUCUCUCCCAGGUGACCCUUUUCUGUCCCACGAGGGUAGGCAAUUCCCUUCAGGAUGGGGCUCCCACACCUCCCUCAGGUCCCCACUCAGACCAGCACCGAUGUCCGCCUCAGAGGACACUGGCGGCUCACAGAAAGCCAGGCCAGUGCCCGGGAUGGGGGGCAGGUACUCCCCACCUCCCUGCCUUCCCUCUGCUCCUCAUCCCCGGCCCCCUUUGUUACCACUUUUGUACUUGAUGCCUUCUCCAUUGGCAGCGGCUCUGCUGGAAGGGGGAGCCAGGAGCCUGGUGGGAAGCCUUCCCCAGAGAGCUGGCUUUAGGGCCUUCAUUUAUGGACUGCGUGAUGACGGAGCGAGAGCAAGGCUGCACCUCUGUGUUGGGAGAUGACGAUGUCCAUUGCUGUGUGAUGGCUUGGAAUUUAAUUUAUUAAAUUAAAGUCAAACUGAAGUUUA